AUGAAAAUGCUUUGUUCGUUAUCAAUUAUAUUGUUUGGCUGUUUUUAUUACGUGUGUCCUAUUGAUGUAUUACAACCAAUAUCUACAUCGGCGCCAGGCUCAUUAUAUCCUCGUAUCACUCAUCCGCGUCAACCUAAACGUUUAAAUUUAGCUAAUAAAGAACAACCGCUACAUACAAAUAAAUAUUUUGGCAAUGCCUAUAUGGAAUCAGGUAAAAAUCCAAUAUUUUCACAUCCCUAUGUUUUGUUAGCCAAUUUUGAUAGCCCAUAUGGUGUUUCAAUAUCAAAUAGUGAAGAAUGGUCAUUUGGUCCACAAAUUGAUUCGACACGUGUUAAAUAUUUCAUAAAUACCAUUCACAAAACACUACAAGUGAGUGCCACUGAAUUUACAGGACAAAAUUUUGAAAUAACCAGUUUUGAUGAGCCCGGUUUUUCAUUCACCAUGAAAUUAUUUCAAUCGUCAUCAACAAUCACCAUGCCAAUUGUGAGAGGUAUGACCUAUGUUACAUUUGAAUAUGCGAAUGCAACACCAAAAAUAACUACCGUUCAUGCAAUAUUAAAUGUGAACGGACAAUCGUCUGGUCAGGUCACCUGUGAUCGAUUUGAAAUUGCGUUAAAUAAUGGUCAAAUAUGGAUUUUGUACUCAUUAAAUGGUGAAAUAACGUUAAACAUCAAUGGAAAUGAACUAGUUGGUACAAGUAAAGUCACAAGUGUAUUACGAGUGGUUAAAAAACAAUCGGAUUCAACUGCAAAUCAAGUAUUAGAUGCACAUUCGACUGUUUAUCCAACCGGUUGUACAUUGAGUGCUGAUGUAACUGGUACUAAAGGUACAAUGACAUUCAACUGGAUAUUGAAAGGUGAUACAAGUAAAACAUUACUCCAUUUUACAUUUCCCCAUCAUCGUCCGGUCAUCUCAAAUGCGACACCAACCGGUGUCAGAGCACAAUCAUCCACAAAAGGUGAAAUGAUUGGUUACAUUGGUAAUGCAUGGACAUUAACCGAAACAUUAUCAACUAUGGGCUUCUUGGCACCACGUGAUCCAGCUACACAGUACAACGAUCAUAUUCGAGCUCAACUAAAAGUGGACGUCAUUAAUGAAGCUAAUAUAGCACAAGGAGAUUAUUAUUUUAGUGGAAAAGAAUAUCAUAAAUAUGCAUUAUUAUGUUUACUUGCAAAUUAUUAUAACGAACAAACAUUGAAAACACAAUGCAUUCAAACACUUCAAACGAAAUUUAAUAUUUUACUUGAAGGAAAAAAUUCAAAUGCAUUAAGAUAUGAUACAACAUAUAAGGGAGCUGUUUCAUCUGCUGGUCUUGGUCCACUGCAAGAAUUAGCUGAUUUUGGUAAUUCAUAUUAUAAUGACCAUCAUUAUCAUUGGGGUUACUUCAUCAACACGGCAGCAAUUAUCGCCGAACUUGAUCCAACUUAUAUACCGAAAAUGAAAGAUUGGAUUGAAAUUCUAUUACGUGAUGCCAAUAAUCCGUCACCAAAAGAUACUAAUUUUCCGCAAUUUCGCUAUUUCGAUUGGUUUUCUGGACACAGCUGGAGUCAAGGUUUGUUCGAAAGUGCUGAUGGCAAAGAUCAAGAAAGUACAUCCGAAGAAGUUAAUUUUCAUUAUGGUUUGGCACUAUGGGGUAAAGCAACAAAAACGCCCCAGUUAGAAGGUCUUGGUCGAUUAAUGCUUGCCACAGCAAAACGUGCAAUUCAAACAUAUUUUUUGAUGUCAGAUGAUAAUACUGCAUUACCAAAACAAUUCAUAAAAAACAAAGUAACAGGAAUUUUCUUCGAAAACAAGGCCGACUACGCAACGUGGUUUGGUGCAAAUCCCGAAUUUAUUCAUGGCAUACAAAUGAUUCCAGCUACACCCAUAACAGAAGAAGUUCGUCUACCAAAAUUUGUUGAAGAAGAAUGGAACCAAAUAUUAUCCAAAGUUGUCGGGAACGCAGUUGAGGGUUGGAAAAGUUUAUUAUACAUGAAUUAUGCAAUUAUAAAUAGAGGUGAAGGAUUUGCUCAAUUACUCAAAGUCCCACUUGAUAAUGGAGUUUCGCGAACAUGGGCUUUGUAUUGGGCUGCCACACGUCCAAACUCAAAUGAUGGAACUCUGCCACCUGUAACAGAUCCAACAACAACGCCGUCCGUAACGGGAACAACAACCGGCACAACAUCUGGAAAUGAGUGCACAUUGCCAUUGAAUAAACCGUGUAAAAGUCUCGCAGCACCGGGAGAUAUUAACAAUGGAUUAGGGAUGUUUUACGAUGUCAAUUGUCAACAAGGUGGUGUAGGAUGUAAUCACAUUCAACAUUUAUGUCGAUUAUGUGCAAAAGAUCCAGCAGUAUAUAACAAACCUUAUAUUCCGUGUCCUGCAUGUGUUUAA